AUGUCUGAGCGAAUACCCAACGACUUACGGAAUAGCAGAAAUGGGGUCCUAACCAAUUAUAUUGAACAGCGAUUGAGAUUUUUAGAGGAACAACUACACAUACAGCGAGAGCGUGAAUUAGAACUCCGCAGAGAAAACUGGCGACGAGUGAGAUUUUUACAGCGGGGCGGGGGGAUAGCCAGAGAAAAACGCCAGUUAGUGUUGGAAUAUUAUCGAAUCAAGCUCGACAGAGGCCGCCAUUCCAGGAAAUUUAAAGUGAAACAAAAUGUGUACAACGUUACUUUCAAAGAGCUUCCAGAUUCUUCCUUUAUUCGGCGAUUAUUCAAAGAUAUGCUCAAAAAUGUGAAACGGGAAAUGCAGUGCAAUCCCAAUGAUUAUGUACGGCUCAACAUUCGACACCCAUCUUUGGAUUCCGAGAUUUGGGUUGAAUUUACCCAGUCUAAAAACCUCAACGAGGAUAAAAUUUUAAACAAAAUAGAAGCCGUACAGCAAUCUAAAAAAGAGUUCCUGAUGACAGACGGAGCCACACAGUUAGAUUUUUUUCAUGUCAAAUAUCCUCAAGGGAGUGGCGGUGGUAUGAAGAAAAAGCAUCUGCACGUGGAUAAGGAGAAAUUUAAGAUUUCCAAGAGAGCCAUCGUUCGUAUUCAAAACCCCGACGAUUCUUUAUGUCUUCCUCGAGCUAUUGUCGUGGCACAGUUACACAGUCAAAAACCCGAGGUUCCGGACCCCGAAUGGGAGAAGAAAUGGAAACGUAUGAGACUUGGAGAUGUACGAGCUCUCGACCAGAAACGACGGGCCUUAGCGCUCAUGGAACUCGCCGGGUGUGCAAACGACCACCCGUGUGGGCCUCAGGAAUGGGAGAAAUUACAUCAGGUCUUGACUCCCGAGUAUCGCUUGAAAAUAUUUCAAUUUAAGACAAACACGCAGCGAUUACGAUUAGACCCCAUCUACAGAGGUCAGGGGAGCGGAAAAUGUUUGAACAUCCUGAUGGAUAACGAGCAUUACGAUACCAUAACAUCGAUGGCGGGAGUGACGGAAAAUACAUAUUAUUGUGAUUACUGUGAUGUUGGAUAUAGCCACAUCGAAGACCACCGUACCGUCUGUCCUCACCGCUGUUCGUUUUGUUUAGCCGAUUCUCCCUGUACCCCGGACGGCACCCGCACGGAAUGUGCUCAUUGUAAGGGUUUUUUCAGAAAUGCUGCGUGUUACCAGACCCACUUGAAACCUUACAGUAGCAAUACCGCGACAACCGUGUGUAAUUUAAUGGGACGUUGCGACCAGUGUCAGAAAUGGAUGUCUAACCAAUUAUUAAAGGGACACGCGUGCGGGGGAAAAACACAAUGCCGCAUCUGCAAGAAAAUCGUCACCAUGCCACAUUGGUGCUUCGUACAACAGAAACCCAAGCCCAAACGCAACAAGGAAUUGAAAAUGUAUAUUUAUUACGACUUCGAAUGUACACAGGAAAACGGAAUUCACACCCCUAACCUCUGUGUGGCCGAACGCGUGUGUCAACAUUGCGACAGUUUAGACAUCGACAUGCGGUGUGAUCACUGUCAUGCGUUUGGCUCGCAACGCCGCUUCGUAUUUCAAGGCCCCGAUACCUUAAAACAGUUUAUGGACUGGUUAUUGGAGGCCGAGACGGACGAGAAGGGUAAUGUGACUUUCAAGCACGAUGAAACGACCGUCAUUGCGCACAAUUUCAAGGGAUACGAUGGGCAGUUCAUCUUGAACUAUCUAGUGCACACGGCCUGUAUCAAACCUGCAGUCAUCCUCAACGGCAGUAAAAUCUUGUGUAUGGGAGUGUUCGGCUUGAGAUUCAUCGAUUCUUACAAUUUCCUCCCCUUUGCCCUGGCCAAGAUGCCCUCUGCGUUUGGAUUAACAGAACUGAAAAAAGGUUAUGUCCCCCACUUUUUUAACACGGAACAGAACCAGAAUUACGUGGGGCCUUAUCCCGAUGCGCACUACUACAAUCCUGACGACAUGUCGAUAACCAAUCGCGAGGCCUUCUAUACCUGGUACAAUCAACAGGCCGGGAAAGUGUUCGAUUUCCAGAAGGAAUUCCUGGCUUACUGUAUCUCGGAUGUGGAUAUUUUGCGCCGGUGUUGUGCGCAAUUUAAGUCUACCCUCUACGGACUCGUCCGCGUCGACCCGUUUCAGGAAUCCAUCACUUUUGCUAGCACGGCUAAUUUAGCGUAUCGCCGAGGAUUCAUGGCACAGGACACCAUAGCCAUCAUCCCCAAUAUGGGAUAUCAACCGUCGCGCCGCUACUCGGCCAAGGCCUGUCGCUGGCUCACCUCCCUGGACCGCAACAUACGUCAUGCUAAGAACGGGGGCGAAAUUACCAUAGGCCCUUAUACGGUGGACGGCUACGAGGAGGAAUCCCGCACCGUGUACGAAUUUUACGGCUGCUACUGGCACGGGUGCCCCACCUGUUAUCCGAAUCUGUUGACGGAAACCCACCCCCAUCGAGUCCAGCAGACGUAUCAAACCCUGUACGAGCAAACCUUGAAACGCGCCGCCGCCUUAGAGCAACAAGGAUAUACCGUCGUGAGCAUCUGGGAACACGAGUUUGAUCGACAAGUGAAAAACAAUCCAGAGUUACAAACAUUACUACGAGACCUCGAUAUUCAGGACCCCUUAAAUCCCCGCGAUGCCUUAUACGGAGGUCGUACCAAUGCCACGCGUCUGUAUUGCGAGGAGGGAGACAUGCGAUACGUCGAUGUGUGUUCUCUGUAUCCUUACGUGUUGAAAUACAGAACGUUUCCCAUCGAUCAUCCUCAAGUCAUCACCAGCGAUUUCAAGAAUGUGAGAGAGUACUUUGGUCUCAUUCGUUGUCGUGUCUUACCACCCCGAGGUCUGUAUCAUCCCGUCUUACCCUAUAAGACGGGAGGAAAAUUACUUUUCCCCUUAUGCCGAACCUGCGCCGAACAUCGCAACUUAGGACCCGACGAUCGAUGCAGUCACAGCGAUUCAGAACGCAGUCUGACUGGCACCUGGGUGACCGUAGAAGUACACAAAGCUCUAGAUCUCGGCUAUCGGCUCGACCGCAUCUAUGAAGUCUGGCAUUUUGAAAAGACCAGUCAGGACUUGUUUCGAUCUUACAUCGAUACUUUUUUAAAAAUUAAACAAGAAGCUUCCGGAUUUCCCGAUGAAUGUCAGACGCCCGAACAGAAACAAGACUACAUCAAUGAGAUCCGGCGCCGGGAAGGCAUCUUCAUGAAUCUAAUAGACAUCGAGAAAAACCCCGUCCGUAGAACCAUUGCCAAACUCUUUUUAAAUUGUCUCUGGGGAAAAUUUGCACAACGAUUACAACUACCACAAACACAGUAUUUAACCGAAGAAGAAGAAUUACAGAAAAAAUUACAAGAUGCCACUCUAGAAAUCAAAGGAGUCGAGCUGCUGGAAAAUCGAGAUCACCCCGAAACCGACAUGAUGCUAAUCAAUUAUCAAGAGAAAGAAGAAUUCCUAGAAGACUGUCCUUUUGGAAACGUAGUGCUGGCUUGUUUUACCACCGCACACGCUCGUUUACAUCUCUACGAGACGUUAGAACCUUUGGGGGAACGCGUCCUCUACUUCGAUACGGAUAGUAUUAUCUAUCAACAUGACGAGACCCAAGUUAACCCUACCAUUGUCAACAGUUUAGGCGGCUGGACCGAUGAAUUGAGUGGAGAUCGUAUCAUCAAGUACAUGUCGGGAGGCCCUAAAAAUUAUGCAUACGAGACCCAAGGGGGAAAAUCAAUGUGCAAAGUCAAAGGACUGACGCUCAAUUAUCGCGCUUCUAAGAUCGUCUCACUCGCUACCUUAGAAAAAAUGUUAAAAGGAGAAGAAGAAGAAGUCCACGUGCGUUAUCCUCACUACAUUCAGAGAACGCGCCAGCACGAUGUUCGCACCAUCCCCUUAGUAAAGAAAUACCGCGUAGUGUACGACAAACGACAUCGGGUUCACCAUUACAACACGCUUCCUUAUGGAUAUUAG